GCACUAGGACAUCCUUAUUUUAGAGUGCAGUUUUUUAGCAAAACAUCUCGGUUGUUUUGGAUAUUUGGAUUCUAUCUUUAUUUAGGUGUAUUUGUAAUAAACUAAUGCGUAAAAUAUACAUUUAAAAAUAGAUAUUCUCACAUUAGUGACUGUGAACUGCAACCUGUGGUUUGAUUUGUGAAUGUGGUAAUCAGAAAUGCUGAUAAGAUUUAAUCAACUGUUUUCAAAAACUUUCAAAGUUUGUGUUAUUGUGACGUGCAAAGCUAAAUAAUCGCGAAAUAUAACAGAAAUCUGUGUAAAGUGCAGUGCUUCACAUCGUAGAUUGGAUUGGAUAUCAAUAUAUCAAGUACACUUCCAAGUACCAUGUCGGUGCCGUGAGCGAUGUCGGCAGCCCCUGCCGUCGUGCAGGCUGGAGAACCCCCCGUGGUCCAGCCUCAGGCGCCUCCGAGCGACCCCGCCCCCCGCACCGCGCCGCCCCGCCACACCAUACACUGGUUCCGCAAGGGACUGCGGCUACACGACAACCCCGCCUUCAGGGAGGGCCUGCAAGACGCCGUGACGUUUAGAUGCGUGUUUAUUAUCGACCCCUGGUUCGCCAGCUCUUCCAAUGUCGGGAUUAAUAAGUGGAGAUUCCUCCUACAAUGCCUCGAAGACCUGGACGCGAGUCUCAAGAAGAUCAACUCCCGCCUGUUUGUCGUGCGCGGGCAACCGGCGGACGCGCUGCCCAAGCUGUUCAAGGAGUGGGGCACCACCGCGCUGACCUUCGAGGAGGACCCCGAGCCGUACGGCCGCGUGCGCGACCACAACAUCACGGCCAAGUGCCGCGAGGUCGGCAUCACCGUCAUAUCGAGGGUCUCGCACACCCUGUAUAAGUUAGACAAAAUAAUCGAGCGCAAUGGUGGCAAAGCGCCGCUCACGUACCACCAGUUCCAAGCUCUCAUCGCGAGCAUGCCGCCGCCGCCGCCCGCCGAGCUGGCCGUGGGCCCCGCCGGCCUCCACGGUGCCACCACGCCUGUGUCUGAAGACCACGAUGAGAGGUUCGGAGUGCCCACCCUCGAGGAACUCGGCUUCGAAGUGGAGAACCUGAAGCCCCCCGUAUGGGUAGGCGGCGAGAGCGAGGCGCUGGCGCGGCUGGAGCGGCACCUUGAGAGGAAGGCGUGGGUGGCGUCGUUCGGCCGGCCCAAGAUGACGCCGCAGUCGCUGCUGGCUAGCCAGACUGGGUUGUCGCCGUAUUUGAGGUUCGGCUGCCUCUCCACGCGUCUAUUCUACUACCAGCUCACCGAACUAUACAAGCGAGUGAAGCGCGUGCGGCCGCCGCUGUCGCUGCACGGGCAGAUCCUGUGGCGGGAGUUCUUCUACUGCGCCGCCACCAGGAACCCCAACUUCGACCGCAUGGAGGGCAACCCCAUAUGUGUGCAGAUCCCCUGGGAGAAGAACCAGGAGGCGCUCGCUAAGUGGGCCAAUGGUCAGACGGGGUACCCGUGGAUCGACGCGAUCAUGGUCCAGCUGCGCGAGGAGGGCUGGAUCCACCACCUGGCGCGCCACGCCGUCGCCUGCUUCCUCACGCGCGGCGACCUCUGGAUCUCCUGGGAGGACGGCAUGAAGGUGUUUGACGAGCUCCUGCUAGACGCUGAUUGGUCGGUGAACGCGGGCAUGUGGAUGUGGCUGUCCUGCUCGUCGUUCUUCCAGCAGUUCUUCCACUGCUACUGCCCCGUGCGCUUCGGCAGGAAGACUGACCCGAAUGGGGACUUUAUCAGACGCUACAUCCCAGUCCUCAAGAACAUCCCGACCCGCUACAUCCACGAGCCGUGGGCGGCGCCGGACGAGGUGCAGCAGGCGGCGCGCUGCGUGGUGGGCCGCGACUACCCGCUGCCCAUGGUGGACCACGGCAAGGCGUCCAGCAUCAACAUCGAGCGCAUCAAGCAGGUGUACGCGCAGCUCGCCAAGUACAAGCCGCAGAGUAACUUGAACCCUCAGACGGUUCAGCGGCCGAACUCGAUGCAGAUGUCGCCGAGCCCCACGUCCAUCAUCACCAGCAUCAACCAGUCCAACUUCCUGUGCAGCCAGACGCCCGAGCCCGCCACAGACAACUUCAGCGCCACAGACCAGACGGAACUCAACGACAAAAACAACCAGACCAUAGACAUCAACUCCACAGACAAGCAAGACAACUACGACUUGAAGAACUUGACCAUCAUGAACAACGACCUGCAGCAAGAGUUCAACAACACCAACGAAAUGUAUCUCCAAACUCAACAGUUUAUUAACAAAAUCAUCCGGAGCGACCUCUACGAUCAGCAACAACAGCCUGUCAAGCUCAACUAUAAUGAAGAGAAAGGGCAAUUCUUCUUGCCCGCUUACAAUGGAAAUGAUGAGUUAUGUCUAAAUCCGUCUAAUUUUGAAACGCCGUCAUACACCGAUUUGCAGCCGUGCAAUCAGCAGAAUGGUACGGAAGAAAGUACCUCCAACAAAGAAGGCCAAGGUGGGGGCGCGGCGACUGAGAAGAAGGAUUCGUAUUCUAGUAUUAAUAAGACUAACCCUGUAGAUCAAAAUAUAACCACUAAGUAAUAGAUUUAACCUUACCUUAACCACGUAAGGAAUAUAUUUAGUUUAAUAGUUUUAAAUUGUAUGUAAUAAUCUCAUUCAGAUUGUGUACACUUUGUUGUAAUAAAUGUUAAUAUAUAAGUU